ACUCCACUGUAAGUGGUACCGUGGCUAGGUCCGUACCACCAUAUACACUACUAGAUGUUGCGCUGGAGCACCGGCCUGGUACAGCUUCAAUACCCUGGCAUUUAAUCGUCCAUUCGCCGCCCAUUACUCAAGGCGGGAGCUUCGACAUUGGCUUGCGCAGCCAAGGUGCCCGCGUAUGGCUGCGCCAUGAAUUCACAACAUACCGAGAGAGCUUGUGAUCGCUGUCGAGAGCGUCGCGUAAAGUGCGACAAAACGAUCCCAGCAUGUCUGCGCUGCGAAAAGCUUGGGAAGCCAUGUCCUGGUUACGACAAAAAGCGCAAGUUCGUCGAUGAGACUGUCAGCCUCCGCAAGAAGUACCAAGCCUCGCCUCUAGGUCGACCGAGUGGCGAGACGAAUGCGGACAAUGUAUGUAUCGUGACCAAGGCGAUCAGCGGUGCCUCGUUCAAUGGCAAGUCUACUAUAUCGUUUGCUUCGAGCCCGCUAAGUCGCCAUGUUGCUAGCCAGCCGACGCUUCCGGAGAGCCCGCCAUCUCCUGGCCAAGCAUUGACUGGAGGCGACGACGAUAUAGCUCCUAUGCCCUAUGUCACCACCAACAUAACCGAGGUGCCACAGUCACUGGCCGCUCUCCCCUCUCUGGCCUCGGUCACACACCCGGCGCUUCUGCUGGAUACAAACUUUCGCCUGCCGGACCUACAACCCGAUCCGCAGUAUGACGGCCCCUUAAACGACACUUUGUUCGAUCCGGCAUGGUUCAAUCUCGAGCCUGAUGAGUUCUAUGGAUCCGGCAACAACUCCUGCGGAUUCAUUCCGAACGCUCCUAUCGUGGAUGAAGUUGAUCGCCGUGAGUAUCAGCCAAGUAUAGAGACUGCGACCGCAACGCCCAUGUCUGGCAUUGGGAUGCUCAUUAAUGGAAACAUGUGGCCUCCAGAGGGACAGGCAAAGACCAGCGCUCUUAUUGCUGACGAACGUGAGCAUGAAAUGGCAUACCUUAUCCGGCACUUCACUGAGGCACUGGGUCCGUGGAUGGAUCUCUUUGAUCAAGACAAACACUUCGGCCAUUUGGUGCCCUUGAAAGCUUUGCGAGACGCUCUUCUGCGCAACGCUAUAGCCGCUGUUGCUGCGAAGCAGCUGGGUCGAGUCAAGGGUGUCAAGCCUUUCGUGGGCGUUCAGUGCCAGAGACCGGCUAUGAUGGAGAUCAUUGACGGCACUAUCGAAAUCGAUUGGUUCUAUAAAGCCGCAAAUUACUACGAUAAAGCUAUUGCGUUCUCGCGCUUAUACCUGGAUGCUAUCUCCGGCAGUCUCAGCGCACCAUCAAGUCCCAGCACCCAAAUGUCAUUGUCCUUGGCCAAUUCGGACGACCUGCUAGUGGCGGUCAGUCUCUUCUCGUUGUACGAGUGUUUGGACAACAGAGAGAUGGGCUGGCUUUCACAUCUAGCGGGCUUAAAGUCGCUGCUGUCGGCUAUCAGCGCCGCUCAGCAGGAUCAGCUACAGAUAGUGCCAUCAAUCACCGUUGGCCGGAAAGCUUCGUUCUGGAACUUCGUACGCGCGGACUACCAAGCAUCUUACAUCAACCGCUCGAAGACAUAUCUUGACACAGAAGAGCUACCGCUCUGGCGCAGCUGCGGUCUCGAGGUCCGAGAUGACGGAACACUGUAUGCCGAUGUCAGUGCUAUCAAAGAGGGUUCCAACAAUUGCCGGCAGACCGCACAGAUUGUGGCCCACACUCUGCUGUGGCUUGUUCUGCGGGUUACCAAUUACCUGGCGCAGGACCAAAAACUAACACCCGCCGACGCUCAAGCAACGUGGGAUCUGCUGACCGCACAAUUAGAUGCAUGGUACAGCAACCUACCCGAAACUUUCCAGCCUUGUGCACAAAUCCGCUACCCACUGCAGAUGCGAUCCCAUCGUGGAGGCAUGACUGGCUCGCAGCUUACGGAGGUGUUCUUCAGCAUCGACCAGUGUGCAGCUUCGAUGCAGUUAUAUCACUUUGCUCGGAUACUGCUGCUAAUGAACAAGCCUGCCACCAGCAAUGGUUGCAACAGCAGGUUAAAAGCGUAUCGUGAAGUCUCGCCUCUGGCCAUCAAGCAUGCAAGGGAGAUCGUUGGUGUGGCGCUCGGCAGGCCUCAUCCGGCGGUCAGGGUUGAGAUGCUCUUACCAUUGUACGUUGCUGGUGGCUGCUUAGAAGCGGAUGAAGAACGGAAGGUAGUUCUGGACGUUGUCAGAGCUAUCGAGAAGGACACAGGCUGCUCUACGGAGGUCACCGCGCGGAGCUUGGUGGACGAAUGGGGCUGGAAUGAGGAACAUAUGUUAGCAGAGUAAGCGUAGUAUAGUUCCGACUCCGGCAUUGCAUAUACACAUUCCCAGAAGCGAGGGUAGCGCGCGACGCAAUCUUCAUGUCGAGAAGAACUCAUGCCGCAGAGAUGGCGUAAACUAUGGCUCG